CUUGGCCGGCGAGAGUCGUGCGUGUAUGGGCGCAAAACGACUACGUCAACGACUCACUUAUACAACAGUAAUUAUAUAUUUGAUCUCGUGUUCGUGUUUUGGCUUUUGCAGACACACAUCUACUUAUCGGGGUGCUGAUGUAUGCCGAAUCAAUAGGCUACGGAAAUAGCUUUACGCGGUUGACUGUUGAACAAACAGGUGUCAGUGAAUAAGCACUAAACGUACUUUUUUUUUAAGUAAACAUUAACCUUGAGUUUUCAACGGCUAAAGCUAUUGUAAAAUUAACUUAGAGAACGUUUGAGAGUUUACCUCAGAACGACUGUGGUAUUAAUUGCAAUUGGAGUGCUUUGUGUGGCCCUGCAUGAGUAGUACCGUGGUGGAUGAUUUAUACGAAUAAGUUCCUCUAAUAAGUGUACAGUGACGAUGAAGUGGCACGUGAAUAUGCUAGCCUUGAUGCUUGUUGGCCUGAUAGGCACCGGAUCAGCGUCGUCAGGCAGCUGGAUGUAUUUGGGAUUGGUUGAUUAUCAGUCCAUACGGUCGUUGGAUCGACUCGCAGGAGAUCAACCGGUAUCAUCUGACGGUUCGCCACUGUCUCCACAAGUUGACCCGUUGGCCAUCCGGCUUUCAGAGCUCUGCAGCGCUGUACCUGGAUUAGUCCAGUCACAACUCGAUCUCUGUCAUCGAAAUCCUCACGCGCUGCUGGCCAUAUCAGAAGGCGCGCGUCGAGGCAUUAUCGAAUGCCAGGAGCAGUUUCGGCAUGAACGUUGGAACUGUACGCUUGAGGGAGGCAUCAACGUGUUUGACAUGACCUUACAAAGAGCAUCCCGAGAAGCCGCUUUCAUUUUUGCCGUCACAUCCGCCGGCGUGGUUCACUCUGUAUCGCGCGCUUGUUCCGCCGGAAAUCUCACCGACUGUGGCUGUGAUCCUGACAAGCCUACAGGUCAACGAAGUGGGCGUGGCUGGAAGUGGGGCGGUUGCAGUGCGAACAUUGGCCAGGGCCUGGACCUCGCCAAACAGUUCAUCGACGUCGCAGAACGAACUCACGGCCAGAUCAGUGUGGUGGGCAACGGUGCCACGGAUUCAAACGCCACCAGCAGCGGCAGCAGUAUCACGGCUAUUUUGACUUCGCAGCAUGAUCGGACUACUCUGCGAACGUUAAUGAAUUUGCAUAACAAUCAGGCCGGUCGCGUUGCUAUCAGGAAGAAUAUGCGUCUCCGCUGCAGAUGUCACGGUAUUUCGGGUUCAUGUGAAGUGAAGACCUGCUGGAUGCUAUUACCGAAUUUUGAAGAUAUUGGAGUGUUCCUCAAGGAUAAAUAUGACAACUCAAUCCAGAUAACUGCUGAAGCUUUGAAGCGUCGUAAGCGUGGUAAGCGACGGGUUCCAGUCUCCCGCGACUCCCUCGUUCACAUUCAUGAUUCGCCCGAUUUUUGCGAACGAAACGCACGCAAGAAGAUCCUGGGAACAUCGGGUAGAGUCUGUAACAAAUACUCAAAUGGACCAGACAGCUGCGAGCAUCUCUGCUGUGGGCGAGGCGCUAGAAAGAUUGUAAAGCGAAUAACGGAGCGGUGCGAUUGUCAGUUUCACUGGUGUUGCUAUGUAACCUGUAAACUCUGUGAGACCCGUACAGAAACGUACAUUUGCAAAUGAAUCGUAUGAACGAGUAUCUGCUUUGAUGCACGUCUUCCAUCAGCAGCGGCGGCGGCGGCGGCGGCGGCGGCGGCAGCACUGGCCAAAAUGAUUGUUUCAGAACAAGGAAAAACCAUACGACGCUACUCAGAGGAUCACCACGAAGGUGAUGCAUCUCUAGGUAGACUAUCGUACUUUGGCUAGCUUAUUGGCCAGUGUAUUCUCUCAAAGGAAAACGGUAAAACUUAACAUCAUAUUCAUUCAUCAACAAUAUCUCUAAUUUGCGGCAAAAUCACAGAGGUUAUCAUAGACUGAUUCCUGAUAAUUAGCUGGGCGCGAGGGCAGAACGCCCUUGAAACAUGUUGAUGCGGUGGCGAAUACUUAGCCUUAAAUACUUCGGGAACUAUCCGUAAAAACAAGUUUUGUAUUUACGAUUGACAAAAUAUAAUCGACCGAAUUUAACUGGAAGUCAUCAGUUUAUACGUAUCAGCAUAAAUGCGCUCUGGAAACAGUUACACUAAAUAAGUACAUUCACCUAUAGUUGCUACCAGCUGUCAGAGACCCACUAACAAAACCCUAUGUCCGAGAAAAGUCCCUACAGUAAAAUGGAAGCGUGUUCUACGAAGAGACGAUGGAUAGAAGAAUGUGAAAAGAAAACAAGCAGAACGUAAAAUUGAAUGAUCAUUAUGGAAAUUUAUCGGGCACCAUCAGGCACAGAUAAAAGUAAACACAUACACAUAAAGCCUGUGAUACGAUGUUGGCCGGAGAUUAACAACCAAGUUUCCGCUGUGUAUAAAAGCCGGACCCAUCAUCUCGCAUGCACUUGAGCACAACCAUCAUCUUCCAGAAAGCUUUUCGUCCUCUUCCUCUUAAGAAGUCUUCUAACGUAGUAGUGGCUUCAGCACCCAUCUUAAGCCCCGGCUUAAGCCCCGUCCCGCAUCUACCCGCCAAGGAAAGCCACAGUAGCACACGGAACAAAUACUGGCACAAAUGCUAUUAUUGUUAUUAUCUAGGUAUACAAGUAUAUUUCAAACCUAGAAAAUUUCUAUCUACCUAUACAAAGAUGUAUGUAGGUGUCUAAUGGUAAAGUGGCGCUAUACUCAUCAUGCCAAACCAUGUGUGCUGUAAUAUACAAUUGUCCCGGAAGCCGCUCGGUUGCAUGUCCUUUUUUCCCGGUUCUCCUUUUGGCCACUGCCCUAUUCCGUCCUUGCACCAAAUGUGUCGCGCUAUGAGCCAUCUCCAUAAUUAUAUGCUCACCUAUGGGUACGCAUUAUAGCUAAGAAGAUUACAUUAUAUCGCUGCUAAUGGUAUAUACGUAUUUCAUGUCAGUCGUUUAUGGGCCUUCAUGAUGGAGUGCGUCCGAAUCAGACUGAUUCGGAUAGAGUACGUCUCAAACGAUACAAUGAACAGCAGCUUGUCAAGCAGAUCAAUAUAAAACAUACAAGACUUUUGACGACUGUUAAUAGACGAUUAUUUGCCUGUUGACAAUGGUAAAAUUGCUUGUUUGUGUCGAAAGCCACGGCACCUUUGUGGGGUGUUCUCUGCUGUUUGACGUACUAGUAUGUAGUUUCAUCUAUAUGUAAGUGUGUCCAUCUUUAGUCAUCGGAGCGCCCUCAUUUUGACAAAACAGGACAAAUAUAUAAUAAUACUUAUUUGGUGUUCUUUACUGUGUAUAGGUACACAGGUAGACGGAAGAUAAGAACAUGAUACGUCAGUACCACGAAAUCACAAUAGCAUUAUUCAAAGUGCAUUCGUUCGUUUGGAAAAAAACAGAACCUGCCACAAGCUAUUUGAACACCUCCAGUCCAGUCUGUCAGGUAAACCUACCAAAAAACAGAAUCCAGUUUACCUCUUGCAAGCUCACUUCUUGUAAAUACACCACCAAAAAUAUAGGUUAAAAAUGAAAAACAUCAUAUGGGAGGCUUGAUAUGAUAUAACUGCAUCGAAAAAUAAGCCUGGCCUAUAAGCAGCUGAGCAGCAUCGAGCAGUAUAAAUUUCUAAAGAAAAAGGUAAAUUAUUUAGACGGCUAUGUCUUAUGGCUUAAAAACAUCGAAAAUAGAAGCCUUAGACAACGAAAACAGGCGAAGACGCCGUUAAAGCGCACGGGUCUCGGUGCGCGGUUGUGCCAAGCCAGCUGCAAUUCAAUGAGUAAUCGUAUCAACAAGUAUCGAAAACGAAUCUGUAUCGUUCACAACUUCUUACAUAGAAAUACAUUAACCUCAUAUGGCUAAUCGAAUGGGAGGACAAAAAUAUACGGUAGUGGACUUCGGACAGUUCCUACGAGAGACAGAAGGUACGGGAUUAACUGCGGAUAUGUGCUAAUUUAA